AUAUUUUUCUAAAGUAAUUGCCGGAAGCGUACUUGUCAAACAGAAAGUAAUUUUGAAAGAACUCGUAGUCGUAAUUUUGAAGACGUUUACAGGUACCAUAAAAUGGAAAACAAAGACACCACUGCACACAAUCCUCCACCAGCCUAUCAAACAUUUCCUCAGCAGGGUCAGCAGGUCCCACCCAGUGUCUACCCCAGAGAGGCUCCACCAAAGUAUGAAGAGGGACUGACCUCUUAUCAGCAGAACCCUGGUUCAUACCAGCACGGGACAACAGUAGUAACAACACAGCCAGUUGUGUAUCUUCAGGACCAGUCCUUUAACACAAUGAGUAAGCCAAUGAUCUGUCCAUGCUGCAACACACAGAUUUCCACUUCAGUGGAAUACGAGGCAGGUGCCCUUACCUGGCUGUCUUCAGGCCUAAUCUGCAUCUUUGGAUGCUGGUUGGGUUGCUGUUUGAUUCCCUUCUGUAUUCAGGAUUUACAGGACGUCAAACACAUCUGUCCGAACUGUAGCAAAGUAGUGGGCGUGUACAGAAGAAUCUGAUAUCGAGAUUUGGGGUGUUGGUGGUGCCUUGUUAAUUAUUUAUUUACUAACAAAAUAGCAAUGCCAUUCUCGAUGGCUUACUUUCAUUGAACACUUGUUAAAUUAAUUAUAUGUCCAUACACACAUAAUAUUUCUGUGUGCUUUAUGUGCAAUCAUUGUAAUGUCUUGAAAAUUUCAUGUAGUUGGAGGGACUUAUGAUUUAGUAUUGUCAACAUUAUGCUAUAUGAUAUUAUAUCAUCAUGAUUUACAAUCAUCAAUGCUACUUUAGCACCAUCUAUGUUGUGCUAUAUGAAUGCUGUUGCAUUUAAAGAAGUGAACACUGCAUGCUUUAUCUGUGUUAAAACAUUUCACUAGUGGUAUUAAUUUGUUAAAAUCUAACUCAUGUAAAUAAACAUUUCACUAGUGGUAUUUAUUUGUUAAAAUCUAACUCAAAUAAAUAAACCUUUGAAUAGUAAUGUGUGAAGCUGCAUCUACAUGUAUGUGCAUACAAGAUGUUUUAUGCAAAGUUUGUUUUUUCAGAUGCACUUUCUUUAGGUGUUUUAUAUUUUAAAUUGUGUUGUUUUAUACACAAAAUAUUAGUACAGGUGCAGUUAUUACUGGUAAUUAAGUACACAUACAGUGUAUUUUAAGAAUGUUUUAAGAUUAUGAAGCAUGAUCAGAGACAACCAGUGAAUAGAAAUUAAGAAUUUACAGAUGAGACAGUCACAUAUUUUCAGUGGUAACGUUGUCGUCGGAGUUGUUCAUCUCAGUUAUACAUAGCUCUGAUGUCAUAGAUGUAGAUGGCGAAAACAAAAUUUUUAUACAUGCUCGAAAAAUUAUUUUUUUUGUAAACAUCAAAAAAGAAAUGAAAUAUAUAAUAUUGCUAUCAAUCAGGAUGUGGUAGUUUAUGUAAACUAUUCCUAUUUGUUAAAUUUGACCAAUUGUUUGUUAGCCAGUGUUAAUCCUUAUGAUACAGCUCAAAGAGCAACACCAACAUUUGAUGAAAAUACAUUACUUUUGUUUAUGCAGGAUAUUGUUAUUAUUUUCUAUAUUCUCCUCAUGAUUGGUUGAUGACAACAGAUGAACAUGUUACAUUUUCUUUUGGACAUGAAAUUUUUGUUAAAUACAUGUAAAGAUAUUGUUGAUAUUGUUGAAGAAUAAGGACGAGAUAAUAUUGAUGAUGAAUUAAAAUUUUUAAGUUAU